AUGCAGUUUUCCCGGGGAAGCGGCCUCGGAUCCCGGAGUCUGCUGCUCUCGCUUCUCCUCCUGGCAGCCUGGGCGGCGGGGAGCGCCCAGAUCCACUACUCGGUCCCCGAGGAGGCCAAGCACGGCACCUUCGUGGGCCGCAUCGCGCAGGACCUGGGGCUGGAGCUGGCCGAGCUGGUGCCGCGCCUGUUCCGGGUGGCGUCCAAAGGCCGCGGGGACCUUCUGGAGGUGAAUCUGCAGAACGGCAUCCUGUUCGUGAAUUCCCGGCUGGACCGCGAGGAGCUGUGCGGGCGGAGCGCGGUGUGCGGCGUCCACCUGGAGGUGAUCGUGGAGAAGCCGCUGCAGGUUUUCCACGUGGAGGUGGAG